AUGGGGUCGACCUCGCGCCGGGACGCGUUGGCGCGAGCGAUCAAGACGGCGGAGACGCUGGCGAUGGCGAACGCGCGCGAUAAGACGGCGGGCACGGUGUCCCUGCGCGUGGCGACGCCGGUGACGACGAAGAUGAAUGGUGGAUUUCGAGCGAGCGAGGGGGACGAGCUGCGGUCGCCGCUGGCGACGCUGUCGCCGAACGCGCGAGCGCCCGUGGACGAGGGCGCGAGAGGGCGAGCGAAGGGUGAGAGGGUGACGACGCGGGGGGUGGAGGCUGGGAAGUCGCGGUUGGCGCGGUCGACGAGCGCGAGUGAUGAGGAGACGCGCGCGGCGGAUCGGGAGACGGCGCGACGGAACGCCGAGACGUUUGAACCGGUGGAGAGCGUGGACGAGGUUCUGGCGCGGAUGCGAUUGAAGGUGAACGAGACGCAAAGGAAGGAAUUCGCGAAGAUUUAUGAUGAGUGCUUGGAGGCGAAGUCGCUUCGGGUGGCGAUUGAAAACGUGAAGGAUACCGAGCUUCGCGUGGCGCAUCGCGAGGCGCUGCGCAUGGAGGAGUUCGUGCGCGCGAGCGUGGACGCGCACGAUAAGAAGGAUACAGCGAUCGCGGAAGCGAGCGAAGAAAUAUCCAGCCUCAAGGCGCGUGCGCGAGAGAGCGAGCGCGAGGUGCGCAAGUUGAAGGCGGAGAACGAGGAGCUGGCGCGCGCGCUGCGGCUGGCGAAGAAGACCGCGUCGCCUGGUAGUAAGAAGCUCGUGAGCGCGACGACGCAGACGAGCUUGAGCGCUUCGACGCAAACGCGCGACGGUGGCCAAAAUGAUCAGUUGGAGGCUUUGCGACGUGAGUUGACUUUGGCAAAUUCUCGCGUCGAGAGCGAGUUGAGACAACACGACGCCGAAUUCAUGACGCUCAAUGACGAGCUCACCAAAGCUCGAGACGCGAUGCGAGCGUUGGAGCGCGACCUUACCGAGGCAAAGGACGCAUCCGCCUUCUAUCAGAGGUGCUCGAACACCGCGGACGAGCGCGCGAACGUUGCUGAAGAAACGGCGUGCGCUCUGCGAGAGGAAGUGUUAGAGACGAGAGCCGAGAUGGACAAGCUCAGGGUGCAAAUCGAACGCAACGCAGUACUCAUAGCAAAGGAUCAAGAGUCGAUUAUGGCAGCCUUAGCCUCGGCGCAGGCUCGCGCGAGUGAGGCAGAGAACGCACCGCUUGCGCAGCGCAUCGAUUUCCCCGAAGCAUCCGUGGCGACGGACUUGAUGUGCAAGUGCGGGAGCGUCGCCACGGCCAAGCGGUUGAAUGCGGCGCUCAUGGACGCUGUCGCCAGGAACACCGAACUCCAGUCCACCAUCGCGACAUUAGAAAGUAAACUCGCGCAUCGUGCGACAGAAGCAACCGCACAGGAAGUUGGGGCACUCGAAGAGCGCGCGAAUGCGGCUGAGCGACGUUUGGAAGUCGCGCGUGCGGCGAUGACGCGAUACGUCAAGGAGAGCCAAAAGUGCUCGCCCGCGCCCACAGUGGCGAACACGAUCGAUGACCUCACGCCGUUGAAAAAGGCUGUCGAUCAAUGGAUCGAGGUAUCCGAGGCUAAGCACGAGUGCGAGCAAGGCGUGGAUUCGGAUGAUGAGUUCGACUCGCCGCCUCGAAGACGCGGCUCGCUCCCGACGCCAAGACUUCGCGCUCGCGUCGCAAUUCGUCGAACGCACGGUCCGCGCCCAAGAUCGCUCCGGGCGCGUACAAACCUGCCUCCGACGAGGAACUUCGUCGUCGAGCGCGAGUCAUGGGUCUGA